AUGAGCUCUACAACGACCUGGGCCCAACGAGCUCAAUCGCUGUCCUCGUCUGAUCCGACCUCAUCGUCCUCGUCUGCGACGAACGGUUCCUCGAUGGACCACCCUGCCUCUUCGUCGCCCGCUGCUGGUGGAGGUGCUGCAGCGGCUGCUAUGGCGCCCUCGUCGGGGUCGCCCUUGCACGUCGCACCGAUGGCCUCGUCGUCGAAAGCGUCAACGUCCGACAACUGGCGGGCGGACUCGACCCUGCACAACACCCACCACGAUACCUUACACUCCAAGGACUCGACAGCCGACCCGGACUCGAGCGCACACAACGAUGACGGCUGGGUCACGCUCGAGAAAAAGGACCGUAGCUCUCGCAAGGCGACUCACACCGCGGCGAUGAGCUCGACCUCGUUCUCGAGCAAAGGCGGCGCCUAUUCGAAGCCGAGAACGUCGACCAAGCCUCCGAACACCCCUGCCUUUUCUGUGUCGUCCAUCUCGGGCCGAACAGCGAACGGGGUCGGGUCGCACGGUCGGUCAUCGUUGUCUGCCAUGUCUGCCAUGUCUGGCCCGGUCGCGCCCUCGCUCGCGGUCGCAGAGGCCACCAGCCUGAGCGCCGGUCCAUCGUCGUCGCUCGCCGGCGCACCCGGCGCACCAGCACGAGCAGCACCACCACCCGCCGCGUCAUCGAUCGCCGCCUCCGACCCGAGCCACACCCGGCCAGCGUCCCUGACCGUGCCCACACCAGCUCUGCCCGCUUCUCGACCCGUUCUGGACUGGGCCGACGACACGGACGACUCGUUACCACCACUCCCUUCGCCCACGUUCCCAACCACCGCGCUGCCUCCGACCGCGACUGCUCCGUCGACCCAGGCCUCCACCCCGGCCCUGUCCCACAGCCCUGAUACCCCCGAGAAUGCAUCGACGGUAGCGAGCACGCCCAUAGAUGAGGAUACCAUCACUGCUUCCAAAACUUCGCAGCCGCAGCCGGCGGGAUCGGGAUCGGCAUCGGCAUCGGCAUCGGCGCCGACCCCGGCUCCCGUCGUACCCGCGCCAGUCGUAAGGCAGCCGGCUCCCGUUCCGACCGUGAACGUCUGGGCCGUUAGGAAGGACCAACUCGCCGCCGCGGCCGCCGCUGCCAAAGCCGCAGAGCCCGUCGCACCGAAUUCCGCUUCUGCACCAACAACAACUGUAUCAGGUUCUGAUCAAAAAUCGACCGCCACAAAUCCGGCGCCUGCAUCCAAAAAAUCAGCCGCCAAGCUCGCGAAAAAGGAGGCCGCUGCGAAGACCGCCGCCGCCGCUAAAUCGGGCCCUCGCGCACCGACAUCGUCUAUGACCCCGCCGCCGCCACCUUCCGCCACCUCGAACUCCAGUCCCACUCCCGCACCCACGGCGGCUCAGAAUUUGGCCUCGACCCCAAUCGUUAAGCGCAGCACCGAAGGAUGGAACGGAGUGCCAUCUACGCCGCUGCCCGUGCCCGUCGGAGACGUCGAGUCAUGGCCCUCGCCAAAUACCGAAGCCGCCAAGCCCGCCGUGCCCGUGAAGAAGUAUGGAUCCGCAGCGAAUGCAUCCAACGCAGCUGAGAUCGAAGAGGCGCAAAACAAGAAGAAGGGUACGUCUUUUCUCUGUUCUCGCUAGCCUUUCGCAGGCGCGUCUGCCGAGGUCACGCGACGUGGCACAUUCGUCAACUCCCGCAAUCUGUGACUCUUGCUGAUCUCAUAGCCUUCUUCCUCUUACAGCUGAAAAGACAAAGUGGAUCCCCAUCAAGGCCGACAUCACGGUCAACCCGACAUCGUCGAGCCGAUUGUUCGGUGCCUCGGGCGAGAAGCGGGUACCCAAGUCGGGAACGAGCUCGAGGAGGGAAUCCGGUGGAGCUGAGAAGGGUGCUGAGGAGAACGUUGUCGGUGGAGCAAGUAAGCGAGCUGCUAGUGAAAAGAAGCCUAAGGCUGCACAAGCUUCUGUGGCAGCCGCUGCGCCGUCGCCGGCUACGCCCGCUCACGCUGGCUCGGCCAAGAAUGCGAACGCAGCUUCCACAUCUUCAUCCAACCCCGCUUCCACCCGACCGACCGACCACCCCUUGCCUUCCAAGCCAAACUCUCCCCCGUCCUCGCACCCGCCCGCGCAACAGGCCGCCCCCUCCACUUCUUCUCCUUCGGCCCAACCUGCUACUUCCGCUGUCGCCACGUCGACGGUUGCUGCUGCGUCCAAGAAUGCACCGGCUUUGAAGAACGGCGCUCAGGCUGCUACUGAAGGCGAGACUACCUCUUCCGCGCCAAAGUCGACACCGAAUGCGACGGCUACUUCGGCUACGGCGUCCUCGGCCACCAAGGCUUCUGCUUCCCAGUCUUCGAGCUCUGUCUCGGUGGCUGUUUCUAACGCUCCCACGUCGCAAGCAUCCAAGGGCCAACCCACAACCAACGGCAACGCCCAAGCACCCUUCCAAAACGGCCCUUCGACCCACGGUCGUCACCCGGGAUCGGGAACCACCGUUCGAGGUGGUCUUCAUGCUUCUCGAGGAGGCCAUACCGCCCGCGGUGGUCGUAGUGGAUCCAUGUCGAGUCGAGGUGGUUAUCAGGGAUCCAACCCUCGAGGACCCGGGUCGUCGUCGUCGCAUCAGGGGCAACAAGCCCAGGCUGCGGCACAGCAACCCCAAGGCGCGGGUUACCUUGACCCCACUACAGCGUAUUGGCACGCUCAGGCCGCCUACGGCACCGUCACUCUCCCCGACGCUGUUGCACCCUGGGCCUACGAGCAGGCUCAGCCUUACGUUGACCCGAGGGUGCUCGACCCGACACGAUACUGGCUCCUGGGCCAGCUCGAGUGGUACUUUUCGGUCGACAACCUGUGUCGUGACAUGUACUUGAGAUCCAAGGUGAGUUGAGUUCGAGGAUGAUGGCAUCGAAUUCCGGAGCUCUGGCUGAUUUUUCGUUCUGUCGCCCUCGCCUUCUCUCUCAGAUGGACGCGGCGGGCUGGAUCGAGGUGACUAUCAUUGCUUCGUUCAACCGCAUAAAGAACCUGACGUCCGAUCGCAAGAUCGUCCGCGAUACCAUGAUCUUGACGCCCAUGCUCGAAGUCUCUGGCGAGUUCGUGCGACUGCGUCAGCAUUGGCCCGAGUGGGUUCUGCCCAGUGCGAUCCCGGCCCGAAUCGCGCACUCGCACCACGUCCCCGGUCCCCAGUUGGCGGCGGCCGUCACUGCGAGCGCGUUUGUGCCCCCUUCGCCGGCGUCGAGUCUGACGAGCAAGAAGAGGAGGGAGGAGAGCGAGGCUUCGUCUGAGGAUGGCGGUGAAGGUACCGCCGCCACGACAAUGUCUUCGGGUAGUCAAGCCGAGGACGUUGCGCCCGCCGCCAAGGAUGAGACAACCGCAUCUACAACACCAUCGACCGUUACCGCCUAGAAUUCGCGCUCCCGUCUGGUCCGUCUCGCGUCCACUUCGUUAUCUGCACCCCCACUGCAAUUCCCGCCCCUUCCGGCGUUUUCUCGGCCUCUCUUCGUCUCCCGGCCUCGCUUGUAUCAUCUCUGUGCAUCACGACCCCCGACUUUGCUUCGGGCGACUCAAGUCCUCUAUCGCUCUUAUGUUUCACCAAGAUCACCACCACCCGUCUAAAACCAAUCACAAAAAAAGGAACCCGCCGCACUUUAGGUCGAGGACUACCGACUGCUGGAAGAGCUUGGACGCGCGUCUGUCGUGCUCGCUCUGGAUCGCAAAAAAUUAACCUCAUAUCUGCCUGA